AUGAAGAUACAGUGUGAUGUUUGCGGCAAAGAGGAGGCUUUGGUGUUCUGCUGCGCGGACGAUGCCGCCCUCUGUGACGCCUGCGACCGCCGGGUGCACUGCGCCAACAUCCUCGCCGGCAAGCACCGCCGCUUCUCCCUCGACUCCCCCUCCGUCCGCUCCAAUCCCCUCUGCGACGUCUGUCAGGAGAAGAGAGCAGUCCUGUUCUGCCGAGAGGACAGAGCGAUCCUCUGUGGAGCCUGCGAUGCCUCCAUACACAGCGCCAACCACCUCACCAUGAAGCAUAGCAGGUUCCUCCUCACCGGCGUCCGCUUCUCCGCCGCUCCCAUCUCGGCACCCGAGCCAGUGACGGCGGCGUAUAGCUUCUCCGCCACUGCCAUAGUCCCCGCCGCCUCUACGACCUCGGCCACAGCCAACUUCGGCGCCAGUAGCAUCUCGGAGUAUCUCAUCAAGAUGUGCCCAGGCUGGCACGUUGAGGACCUACUGGAUGAUGAUGCGGCCGCCAACGUCGCCAUGGAUGGCUUCUCCAAGGUGGAUGAGUCGCUGCCUUCCCUGGACGCUGAUCUGGACAGCGGCGGCGGGCUGGAAACCAUCUGCGCGCCACACGUACCUCAGCUUCCUCCACCAGGUCCUCCCGCCGGCGGCGCCGCCCACGACCAGCACCGGCUCGGAGGCAACAAGGUAGGAAUCAACUUCCGAGAGCGGACCGAGCAGGCGCUCGUGGUGCCUCAGAGCUCCUCUAUUCCGACUCCCAACAAGAGACCAAGGCGCUCGUUAACUUUUGGUGUGCCUAAAGUUAGUUAAUCACAUAUUAGCUUAUAAUUAAUUAUCUUUAAUAUAUCUAUACUUUCAAAAGUCUGUUAACUCUAUUUCCCUUUGAUUUAUCAUUGAAUAUGUAUGAUAUUUUUAUCAAUAUAAUCGACGACAUAAAGAGAAAGAUGAUUAAAUAUUUUACUUUCAUAAGUCUAAGAAUUUGAAUGUAAUUUU